GGUACCUAGUGGGGCGCUGCUGCCUGAGGUGACAGCCUUAACUUGCCUCAUUGUCGAAGCACCCCUGACUGUUUUGGUGGCAGUGCUUCAACUUUGGCUCUUUUGGUGGCUUCGGGUCUUUUUGCGGCUUCAGGACUUCAACUUUGGGUCUUUUCACGGCUUCUGCAAUUUGGGACUUCAGUGGUUCAGCGUGACUUUGGCGUCGUCAAUGGGGGUCCAACUAUUUCUAAAAGUGGAGCACAGCUGCCCCCCUCCUCUAGUCCCGGUAAACAAUACCCCCUGUGUCCCCCUGGAUGGCAGUCGUGGUUUCAAAAACCUCAAAAAUGGAACCUUUAAUAAAUAGGCCUUUAUAUGAUUGUAUGCAAAGAGUUACAGAAACAAAAGCACACAACAGCUAUUGUUAUGGAACUGGAGAAGGUACAGUGAAGUAUAACAUGAAGCACCACUGCUGUUAUGGACGUAAUGAUAUGCAGAGACACGUCAUGCUUGGAUGCAGGGAGUUACAGAAAAAACAACAGUGCAACAAACACCCCAAAAGAGCUCUCAGCAACUUUUAUACAGCCUUCAACAAGCCCCCCUAAGCAACAGUCAGCAAGCCCGAUGCAACUCUCAGCAGUUAACGCGGACAUGACAGCACACAACAAACUGCCCCACCACCCCAAAAAACUAACACCAGCGAAUCAAACCAACACACACUACGAUUCAGAACCGCAAACCCUCCUCCUUUAAACCGAGCAACGAUGACGUCGUGCACCACGUACGAGAAGUCACACGUGUGCUUAACAUCGCGAGAGGACGAAUUGCCACUUGGAACUAACAGCAAAUGAGGGUACAAGCUCAGAGUCUCACUCCUUCUCAGUAGCGGAGGACAAAGUCAGUGGCUGCUGCUGCUUCUACUCCAUUAGCGGCAGAUAACAUAAUUUGUUUUGGCUGACGUGGACAGAAAGCUUCACCAAUAAACUCCUAGCUCUUGCCCUCUUCACAGGAGGACCCCCCCAUACUCCUCGACAGCCAAUAGCGACCAAGUAUUCCUACUUCGCUGAGGUGUUGGAAGAAGUCAGCCAAUCGCUUCUUAGCUUUCAUUGGGAAUCACACUCUGGCAAAAAGGUAGCCAAUCAGGGAUGGCACACGAGAAGACCUCACCCUGAUCGCUGGAGUAUGAGUCAGCCAACCAGCUUUUGCGGUUCCCCACUCAGGCCAGUGGGGUGGAAGUGAGCGAUGAGGACUUGGAGGUGACUCUGCCAAUCACCAAGGCAACCGCCAUUGAGGUGCUAUCCACUCUCCCCUCCCACUUGUUCAUUCCAGCCAAUUGCUGCUCAGCUGUCAAGCUCAUAUCACAAACUACUGUUGUCAAAGCAGGCAGCCGGGUGACUUAUUCCCCCCCAGCUGUGAAGUUGUUUGGAGAGCCAGCAGGAGAAGAGAAGAGAGAGCCCCACUCUCUGAGUGACUACUGCACUUUGCACUGCCAACUAGCUUGCCUGUAUCUCACUGCAAAAGCUCAGUGCCAUUGCUUGUUGGUGGAUCAAAAGGGUCUUGCCUUUGGGGGCAGUAGGCCCCAGGGCUUUGAGAACUGCAGGGGGCAAGUGGCACCCAUUACCAUCUCCCUUCAACACUCCCAAGUUGGGGGCUACAGAUUCAGUGAAGCUUCCAUCGACCUCCAUGAAUGGAAAUCGGAACCGCAGGACCCGCGGGGGCUCAGUCCUUCUUCGUGGUGCCCAGACGGCCUGGAUAUGGCACCAUGGGAAAACCCAUCAAGCUGCUGGCCAACUGCUUCCAGGUGGAGAUCCCAAAGAUUGAUGUCUACCUCUAUGAGGUGGAUAUUAAGCCUGAUAAAUGCCCUCGCAGAGUCAACAGGGAGGUUGUUGAUUCCAUGGUUCAGCAUUUCAAAGUCACUAUAUUUGGGGACCGCAGACCUGUUUACGAUGGGAAAAGAAGCCUUUAUACUGCCAGUCCUCUGCCUGUAGCAUCUACUGGGGUGGAUUUGGAUGUAACGUUACCCGGAGAGGGGGGGAAAGACCGUCCCUUCAAGGUUUCAAUUAAGUUUGUCUCAAGGAUAAGCUGGCAUUUGCUGCAUGAAGUUCUGACAGGUCGGACCCUUCCCGAACCUCUAGAACUGGACAAGCCAAUAAGCACUAACCCGGUUCAUGCGGUUGAUGUGGUGCUACGACACCUUCCCUCCAUGAAGUACACCCCUGUAGGACGUUCCUUCUUUUCAGCUCCUGAGGGUUAUGACCAUCCUCUAGGAGGUGGAAGAGAAGUCUGGUUUGGAUUUCAUCAAUCUGUACGGCCUGCCAUGUGGAAAAUGAUGCUAAAUAUUGAUGUUUCUGCCACUGCCUUUUACAAAGCACAACCAGUUAUCCAGUUCAUGUGUGAAGUCCUUGACAUCCAUAACAUUGAUGAACAACCUAGACCUCUGACUGAUUCUCACCGGGUAAAAUUUACCAAAGAGAUAAAGGGUCUGAAGGUUGAAGUGACACAUUGUGGAACAAUGAGGAGGAAAUAUCGUGUUUGCAAUGUGACGAGACGGCCCGCCAGCCAUCAAACGUUUCCUUUACAGUUGGAAAAUGGGCAGACUGUAGAAAGGACAGUAGCUCAAUACUUUAGGGAAAAGUAUAACCUCCAGCUGAAGUACCCUCAUCUCCCCUGUCUGCAAGUUGGACAGGAGCAGAAACACACAUACCUGCCUCUAGAAGUUUGUAACAUUGUUGCCGGCCAGCGAUGCAUCAAGAAGCUGACGGACAAUCAGACCUCCACUAUGAUCAAAGCCACAGCAAGGUCUGCUCCAGACAGACAGGAGGAGAUCAGCAGGCUUGUUAGAAGUGCAAAUUAUGAUGCAGACCCCUUCGUUCAAGAAUUUCAGUUUAAAGUUCGUGAUGAGAUGGCCCACGUGACUGGGAGAGUGCUUCCUGCACCAAUGUUACAGUAUGGAGGAAGAAAUCGGACAGUGGCAACUCCAAGUCACGGGGUUUGGGACAUGCGUGGAAAGCAGUUCCAUACUGGUGUGGAAAUCAAGAUGUGGGCGAUUGCAUGCUUUGCAACACAAAGGCAGUGCAGAGAAGAGAUUUUAAAGGGAUUCACAGACCAGCUACGAAAGAUCUCUAAAGAUGCAGGAAUGCCAAUCCAGGGCCAGCCAUGCUUCUGUAAAUAUGCGCAGGGAGCAGACAGUGUGGAACCCAUGUUUAGACACCUGAAAAACACGUAUUCUGGCCUCCAGCUCAUCAUAGUUAUCCUGCCAGGAAAAACACCUGUAUAUGCUGAGGUCAAGAGAGUUGGGGACACUUUGCUGGGUAUGGCCACACAGUGUGUCCAAGUCAAGAAUGUAAUAAAAACAUCUCCUCAGACCCUCUCCAAUCUGUGCCUAAAGAUUAAUGUCAAACUUGGAGGGAUUAACAAUAUUUUAGUCCCCCACCAACGACCAUCUAUUUUCCAACAGCCUGUGAUUUUCUUGGGAGCAGAUGUCACUCACCCACCAGCCGGGGAUGGCAAAAAGCCUUCAAUUGCUGCUGUUGUAGGCAGCAUGGAUGCCCACCCAAGCCGUUACUGUGCCACUGUGAGAGUACAGCGCCCUCGGCAGGAGAUCAUUCACGAUUUGGCAUCCAUGGUAAGGGAGCUUCUGAUACAGUUCUACAAGUCCACACGCUUCAAACCCACACGGAUUCUCUUCUACCGAGAUGGAGUCUCCGAGGGUCAGUUUAGACAGCAGGUUUUAUAUUAUGAGCUGCUAGCCAUCCGAGAAGCCUGUAUUAGUCUGGAGAAGGAUUACCAGCCUGGGAUUACUUACAUUGUGGUACAGAAGCGCCACCAUACACGGCUUUUCUGUGCAGACCGAACAGAACGGGUCGGUAGAAGUGGAAAUAUCCCAGCUGGGACGACCGUGGAUACAGAUAUCACACACCCAUAUGAGUUUGAUUUUUACCUCUGCAGCCACGCUGGAAUACAGGGUACCAGCAGGCCCUCUCACUAUCAUGUCUUGUGGGAUGAUAACUGCUUUACUGCUGAUGAACUCCAGCUGCUGACUUACCAGCUGUGCCACACGUAUGUGCGCUGCACACGUUCAGUCUCCAUUCCUGCACCUGCUUAUUAUGCCCACCUUGUGGCAUUUAGAGCUCGGUAUCAUCUUGUGGACAAAGAACAUGACAGUGCUGAAGGAAGCCAUGUAUCUGGGCAAAGCAAUGGUCGUGACCCACAAGCCCUUGCCAAGGCUGUGCAGAUUCACCAGGACACCUUACGCACCAUGUAUUUUGCGUGAGAACAACUGCAGCCCCCAAAUACACACAGGUUUGACUUACAGAAAAGAAUCUGCUGUGUGGGUUUCCAGGGCAAAAGGGGAUUGUUCUAUAACUGGCAUCCCCUACCAUCCCUUCCCCACACUCCCUUCUGCUUGCACUGACGCCCAGGCACAGUGAUUGAGGGGAGAGCUAGUCCUGGGAAUAGAAGAUCAUUGAGGAACACAGCACUAUUAUGCAAUAUGAAACCAGCCAACUGCAAUGGAGCCUCCACUUGGAUGCACUGCUUAUAUUUUGUCUUUUUUAUCUUACUUUAAAUAUUUUAACCCUGUAUGCCUUUACCUCAAAUUGCUCUGCAGCAUUAGCUGUCUUUGCAACAAACAAAACAACAACAAAAAAAAUAGUGAUAUUUAGAGGGGCGAGUACAUGUGCUAGCGUGUACACACCAGGACAGCCUUUAACGAGCAUUGGGUGUAAUACCUACAUUGUAAUAAGUGUUUUGGCCCAUCUGCUGUAAUCCUUAUAAAAUGCAGUUAGUAUAUUGCAGGCCGCAGCAAGUAAAUAAGGAUUGUUUACAGUGGUAAUGUAAAGGGGUUGGCCACACCUACCAUUGAUCUUUAUUUGCUGGCAUAGAAUUAAUAUCAACACUCCAACAGGGAAGGGGACCAGAAGCAGUCAUUUAUUUGUGUCUGUAUGAAUACUCAUACAUAUGUCUUUAAAUAUGAAUGUAUGUAUAUAUAUAUAUACUUAUAUAGUUUUCAAAAUGGACCAGCACUCCAGAAGCUUUAUCAAAUUUUUUUAUUCAAACAUCACUCUUGUGUCCAACG